AUGAGCUGCCUUCAGUGCAGUCCACAACACCGCAUCUCCGUGGUUUUACUUCGUCGGGCGGCCAUUUUUGUCAACUGCGCUUUAGUGUGUGUUGGUUUACUUUACAUGGCGGUGAGCACAGUACUGAUGGUGCUGGCACGACAUCUUGAUGGAACUCAGCUCUACGUGUAUCGUAAUAUACCCAUCCUCCUUAUUGUCGUGGGCAUUUUGGCAUGCAUUGGGAGUGUCAUUGGAUUUUGCGGUUUUCAGCAGACUAAAAUUAGCCUGGUUGUAAUCCUCUAUGACCAUGUGGAAAGGUGGCUGGAAAGCAUAUACACAGGCGAAGAACAGGAGGAAAAGCACCUAAAGACGAUCUACCUAACAGAAAAUCAGGGUUGCAGAGCCGCCGUGAAAAGUCUGGCAGAGCAACGCGUGACGGGCUUUUUUGCCUGUUCAAUCAUUUUUGAAUUCCUAAUCGCCGCCAAUCUCAUCAACUCUGUGUUAUUCAUAUUCGUGACCAGACAGUUGCAAUCUGAAAGCCUACGGAAUCUAUCUAAAUUGGGACUUUAUUCGCGGCUGGACGGCCAAUUUUGA